AGGGAGAAAGGGAGGAAUAGAGUGGAUGAGAGAGAGAAACAAAAAGAAACAGGGAGACUGAUAAAGUAUGAAGAGGGAUGAAAGCAAGAGAGAGAUACUGUAGUUUGAAGAGGAACACAAGUUUUAAUUAGAAUUUUAGAAGGAAAUACAAGAGAGAGAAGGAGAGAGAGAUAGAAACAAACUAAGGGGUGUGUCAUAGAAAUUUAGUUCCUCAAGGAAGUGCAACUGACAUUUAUCUUGAGACGGUGGCGAGCAGCACAGAUAGACGCGACACAGAGGGAUUUUAUUUUAUUUUCACCUGAUAAAAUGAAGGGAUUCCAUUAACGAGUGCUCAAUGCUGACAACCUGAGCCACGUGCCGUGGGGACUGAGACGUUUGACACGAAGGAGGGAGGGGGACUCUCUCACACACACAGCCUACACGCAUUGAGAGUGCCAGAGAGCCAGUCAGAGCGAAAGACAAAGACAUGGAAAUGGCACAUCAAUGUGUUGGACAGACAGUAAGAGGUAAGGAUGGAGUCGUUCAGCUCCAAGGAUAUGGCCAUGCAGGCCCAGAAGAAGAUCCUCAGCCACAUGGCCAACAAGUCUGUGGUCCAUAUGUUCAUAGACGACACCAGCAGUGAGAUCCUGGACGAGCUCUACCGUGUUUCCAAAGAGUAUUCAGGCAACCGCUCAGAGGCCCAGAAGGUGGUGAAGGACCUGAUCAAGAUAGCAGUGAAGAUUGGCGUGCUGUUCAGACACAACCGUUUCAGCCCAGAGGAGCUGAGUCUGGCCCAGGACUUCAAGAAGAAGCUGCAUCAAGGAGCCAUGACAGCCAUCAGCUUCUAUGAGGUGGAAUUCACCUUUGACAAGACAGUAAUGUCGGAGAUCCUGACAGGAUGCAGAGAUCUGUUGUUGAAGCUAGUCGUCUCCCACCUCAAGCCCAAAUCCCAUGGUCGCAUCAACCACGUAUUCAACCAUUACUCCGAUCCAGAGCUUCUGACCCAGCUGUACAACCCUGAUGGACCCUUUAAACCCAACCUCACCAAAAUCUGCACCGGCCUCAACCGUCUGCUGGAGGAGGGGACGUUAUGAGAGUGUGAGCAAGUCUAUGAUUGUGAGAGAGACACUGGGAGAUCUGCUUGAAGGGGUCUGCUUAGAACUCAAGAGAGGACUGUGUGUAAGGACAGGAAGUGUCCAUGCUCUAAAUGAGAACUGGCGAGAUUUGUGACCCAAGUUUAACUUGAUGUAGUCACUCACUGAUCUGUUAUUUUCCAAAAAGGGUACUGCCCAAAGUGAAAAAAUAAUAGAAUAUGCAGGAUGAUGUAAAGUUAAUGUCUCCUGAUGAAUUGUGUCUCCACGAAUGGAGUUCCUGGAAAGUCAGGAUUAGGUUAAGAUUGUGUCAACCACCUGAUUUUAUACAGUGGAAUUUCCGUCCAAGGUUACACAUACUCAUUUACUGUUCUAGUUUUUCUGUAGUUUUUUCUCUCUCGCUCGCCAUAUUAUGCACUGUAUAAGGAAAGAUAAACCUCAACAACUGCACAAUACUGACUAACAGAAUGAAUACAAGGGUUAAAAGCAAGCGGUGAAAUAUAAGAAUAGAGUACUACCAUCUAGUGGUCUAGCUGGCAAUGACUCAGUACUGCAUGUAUCGAAGAAAAUAUAAAAGCUUAUGGAGAAAACAGUGCACAUUUAUUGUGGAGAUACAAGACAGUCAUUUUAUAAGGCCCAAAGAGAAACUGGAUUGGAAUAUUUAAAAAUAAUUUGGGCAUUAUUUGGGCCUUGUACAUCAUAGGAUUGGAAAAAAAUAAAUGCCUUGUAAAUUAGUGCCUUUUUUAUUGUCUAUUUGUGAAUAUAUUGACUUCACAUCUUUAGUUAAUGUUAUUAAAUGUACAAUGUUAUUAAAUGUACAAUAUGUGCAAUUUAUCAUUAAAUUGACAGCAAUGUGUGUACAUACAACCAGUAAAAGAUUUGGACACA